UUGUUAGUGUUUCCGGUGCAGCGUUGAUUUGUUUUGUAACAAAGCUAGCGUUACAUGUUUACACCGAGCAGUAACGAGUUGUUUUAACUCUGUAACUAGCCGUGAAUAACACAAGUCAACAUGAGUUAACGGUAAAACACGGUGUGAACUCUUCUUCUCUUCAGGCUGACCCAGGUGUUGAAGAUGACAGUCCUGAACUUGUCCUUUGCCGCAUGUGGUUUCUUGGGGAUCUACCACCUGGGUGCAGUGGAGGCCUUUCUCCGCCACGGUGACAAGCUGCUGGCGUCCCUCAGGGCCUGUGCUGGGGCCUCGGCUGGGGCCCUGGUGGCUGCUGUAAUGAUCACGGCUCCUGACAAGUUAGAGGACUGUAAAGAGUUCACAUACAGGUUUGCUGACAGCGUGAGACAUCAGCGGUUUGGAGCCGUCACACCAGGAUACAACUUCAUGCUCACACUGCGGGAGGGGAUAGAAGAGAUUCUGCCCAGCGAGGCUCACAGUCUGGCCACUGACCGCCUCCACCUCUCAAUAACACACUCCAGAAGUGGCAAGAACCACAUCAUAUCCAGGUUCAGCUCCAGGGAGGAGCUCAUAAAGGUUCUCCUGGCCAGCUGCUUUGUUCCUGUCUAUGCUGGACUCAAACCAGUGGAAUUCAGAGGACAGAAAUGGAUGGAUGGAGGGUUCACUGAUAGUCUACCAAUCCUGCCUGUGGGACGAACCAUCACUGUGUCUCCCUUUGCUGGACUGCAGGAUGUGUGUCCUGUCCACAGGGGGCGCUUCAACACUCAACUCAAACUGGCCAACAUGAACGUAAUGUUCUCCAUGGAGAACAUCAAACGUCUGAACCAGGCUCUGUUCCCUCCCUCCAGCCGCAGCAUGCAUUCUCUAUGUGACCAAGGUUUCAAUGAUGCUGUGAGGUUUCUGAAGAGAGAGGCCUGGAUGAGCUGACAGAUGGAAAGGUUUUAAAAACAUGCACAAAGCCAAGUUCCAUUUACAGACAUUUUAGAAUUGAUCUUAUGGAUUUUAUUGUAUUUAUUAAUCUGUGUAUCAUUCGUUCUUUUCAUUUUCGAUUGGGAACCAAAAAUCAAAUAAUGAAAAACUGACUGGUUAUUUUGUUAUUUGUUUUCUAUUAUAACACAAAAAACAAGAAAAAUGCUUGUUUUUUCAUAUUUCAAUAUUAGGCUCAGAUCAAAAAUAUGAACCGGAAAAACGGGCACCAGGACUGAAUUUGAUUUUAAUAUUUAAUUGGUCAGGUUUACGUGACCCAGAAAUUUGACUGCGGUCCAGUGAGCCGUCAUUCGCUUCUUCAUAGUCAAACCAGCCGUCCCUAUAUAAUGUAGUGACCAGUGUGUGUGUGUGUGUGUGUGUGUGUGUGUGUGAAGCAUGUGUAUCUGGAGGAGUGUGCUCGCUUACGCGCGCAUGUGUGCGUGUAACUAAAAUCACAUAAAGUUACCUGUCUGCCUGGUUCUGUCUUUCUGUGAGAGAAGGAUGAAAGGAUCAAAGGCUUUGGGGUCAACCAAUCAGAGCAGAGCAAUCAACGGAAUUAACUGCCGCUGUAGAAUGUUCCGGCACUGUGAGGGCAGCCAGAGGUGUACAGACUGGAAUUUCCCUGGAAUUGCUAUUACAUAGCUGUAGGGACCAGUGCUCAGUGCAAUUGUCCCGUGGACCUAGCUAAUAACAAAAAAAAAGUAAAUUUUUCAUUAUUUGUUUGUUUGAUUUUUGAUUGUCAAUUGAAAAACGGAUUUUCAUUACCUGUGUGAUUAUAGUUUUUUCUUAAUAAAACUGUUGAAAAAUAAAUGAAGGU